GUGCAAGUGGGACCUUGCCCCCGGUCCGGUUCGAACUUCAAACCGUGCAGGCAAUCUGAAAUCGUGCCAAAACGGUGCAGGCCUUUCGAUCUUCGUUGGCUGUGAAUGAUGAUGAUGAGGGUCGACGGAAGUUGUGCUGAAACGUUGCUGGCCCUUCGAUCUGCCAAUGGGUGUAAAUGACGGGGUACCGUCCGUUCGAUCCUUGACGCCUCGUCAGCGGAGCCUGCUCUGCAGAAGACCCGGGCCGACGACAUCGAAGCGGUGUCAACGACGUGACCAGGGCUCGAACCCUAGACCGGAAGUGACGGAUGACGAACUCGAUACUGAUGAUGAUGAUGAGCAUAACGAGGAAAAGGAGGUGGAGGAGGAGGAGGAGGAGGAGGAGGAGGAGGAGGAGGAAGAGGGGCAGCGGGAGAAGCAGGGAGAAGGAGUAGGAGCAGUGAUAAGCAGGAAGGAGGAGCAGGGAAGAAGAGGAGGAGGAGCAGGGAAGAAGAGGAGGAGGAGCAGGGAAGAAGAGAAGGAGGAGCAGGGAAGAAGAGAAGGAGGAGCAGGGAAGAAGAGAAGGAGGAGCAGGGAAGACGAGGAGGAGGAGCAGGGAAGAAGAGGAGGAGUGACAGGAAGGAGGGGAGGGGGAGGGGGAGGAGGAGAAGAGGGAGGGUCAGCCUCUAGUUUGGAUUCUCUCUACAAAAAUGCUCGCUCUUCUGGAUCACUCAACCUCAGCAACAAGGGAUUAAAGUGUAUAGCAGAUAAGGUGUUCAGACUGGCAGAGGGUAUAGGGACAGAUGAGAAAUGGUGGGAGGUGGCAGAUUUGCAAAAGCUUGUGUUGUCACACAACCAUAUCGAAUCAAUCCAGGAUGAAUUGGGCGGGCUUGUCACUCUCACUUUUCUUGAUGUUAGCUGCAACCGACUGUCAUCCAUGCCAGCUACGACAGGGAGGUUGACGUUGCUGAAGACUCUCGACAUCUCGGGAAAUAUGCUAGAAGACCUUGGCUUUGACUUGGGGUGUUUGUCAAACCUUGCAUCGCUCCUCGGGGAGGCCGUGACCGGGAAGGGUAUCUGUGCACAGUUGGGUCUGGAGACGGGGAUCCCGCUGACGGAGUCGGAGCCGUUGAUUAUCUUCUUCAUCGUGUUCAAUGUGCUGGGCGCCAUCGGCGCGCUAGGCGAUCGGGGUCGCUUCGUCGACGAGAAGACGGGACUGGAGCGCGCUCUGAUCAGCCCCGGCAAGGGGUUGAAGUCGGCCCUGGGUUUGUCGGAAACGGGGCCCACAUUCGGAUUCACCAAGGCCAACGAACUGUUCGUGGGAAGAAUCGCGCAGCUGGGGUUCGUCGCGUCCAUCUUGGGAGAGAUAAUCACCAGUAAGGGAGCCCUCGCUCAACUCAACAUCGAGACAGGAGUGCCAGUCGGCGAGAUCGAGCCCCUUCUCAUCUUCUUUAUCCUCUUCUUCUUCGUAGCCGCUGUAUUUCCUGGCAGCGGCAAGUUCGUUAUCGACGAGGACGAGUGAAGAGUAAAACCAAAUCGAACUUGACGUCGUUGUACUGUCGUGAAGAGGAGGUUUGAUUGACUAUAAGGUGGAACACUCGGUUGUCGGGUGCACAUUCGGUUGUUGGUUCUCGAUUGAACCCUCGGUUGGGCAUUCGUGGUGAAGUUCUAUUGACUAGUCGCGCGGAGAACACUUAGGUCAGCGAAUCCUUGUCUAUAGAGUCUAUAUCUGCCAGGAGAAUUGUCUGCUUAAUUAACCUGUAGUUCUUUAUAAUCGACACGUAUGUGGACAUGUA